AUGGACGGCCCUGCGCCGAACGAACACACGCCGCCGGUCGACGGGCCCAUAAAGGCCAUCGCGGAGCCCGGCAUCAAAGCACCACGCGACUUUGCCCUGCAGCUUCGGAGAGAUGUCGCAGAAUUGCUGCAGCGAAAUCAGAUCGGCUUCCCUGGCGCACAACCUGUCAGCUUUGCCCGCAAGCACCUUGCUGAGCUGCGCAGACAAGAUUACUUUGUCUGCGAAAAGUCCGAUGGCAUUCGAUACCUUCUCUAUCUAACCGAAGAGGCCGGCGCCGAGACGGUGUACCUCAUCGACCGCAAGAACGAUUACUGGCGCGUCGAAAACCACAACCUUCACUUCCCAAUGAAGGAUGAUGUUCAAGGGUGGCACACGCGCACAAUCAUCGAUGGCGAGCUGGUCCUCGACUUUGAGGACGGCAAGCAGGUCCCUCGCUUCCUCAUCUUCGACUGUCUCGUUCUGGACGGCCAGAACCUGAUGCAGCGCAGCUACGACAAGCGCAUUGCCUACGUCAAGGACGGCAUCAUCCGCCCCUACACCAAGCUGUUCGACAACUAUCCCCAAGAACGUGCCUUUCAGCCCUUCGACGUCGUCAUGAAGCAGAUGGAGUUCAGCUAUGGCAUCCCCAAGAUCUUCAACGUCGUCCUGCCGACCCUGAAGCACGGCAACGACGGCCUCAUCUUCACCUGCGUCCACACAAAGUACCAGCACGGCACCGACAACCACAUUCUCAAGUGGAAGCCGCCCGAGGAGAACACGGUCGACUGCCGCCUGCGCCUGCACUUCCCCACCGUGCAGCCCGAAGACGUCGACAUGUUCGAGGGCGGCAGCGACGAGCCCUUUGUCGACUACGACAGCGUGCCCAAGGCGGAACUGUGGAGCUUCCUCGGCAGCGGACGUGACGGCGGCAACUACGAGUACUUUGCCGACGUGUACAUUCGCGAGGACGAGUGGGAGACGCUCAAGGGGCUCGGCGACCCGCUCGUCGACCGUAUUGUCGAGUGCCACAAGGACGAAGAGGGCCGCUGGCGCAUCCUGCGGUUCCGCGACGACAAGUCCGAGGCUAACCACAUCUCGACCAUUACGAGCGUCAUGGAGAGCAUCGAGGACCGCGUCACGCAGCAGGACCUGGAGGCACAGGCGGGAGCGUUUAAGGAGAACUGGAAGCUGAGGGCCGCCAAGCCGAAGGCUUGA